GUAGGUAAACGUAAUCACCAUCUAGGACCAACAGAUAUUUACUUGGAUGAUCUGACCUCACUGGGCCCAGAAGUGGCUGCACUCUACUUCCCCAAGGGUGAGACAGAGGGAGCGCCUCAGCAUGGGGCAGAGCAGGGCUCAUGCUCAGGGAGCCAGUCACCUCAGUCAGUGGGCAGCGGGGCCAUGGACAGCGGCACAGAGUACCUGUCAGAUUCCACCUCCUACAACAUGGACAUCAGCAUGUCCCUCUGUGGACAAGAGGGCGACACCAGCCAAAUCACCAAGGAAACAUUUAUGGAGCACAUUGUGACGUACCAGGAUUUUGUCAGCAAUCCCGGGAUCAUUGAGGAUCCAAGUCUUGUCAUCUGCAUCAACUCCAACUAUUAUAACUGGGCAGUGGCUGCUCCGAUGGUCUUGUCAAUGACAACUUUCCAGAAAAAUCUACCCAAGAGUACGAUAGAGCGGCUGGUGAAGGACAAGAUGCCCAAAAAGUCUGGACGCUGGUGGUUCUCCUGGAGGAGAAGAGACAUGGACAGUAACCAGCAAAAAUGCUCAAAGGAGGAGCAAGAGGAGCCACUGGUCAGUGUUUCUUCCACAGUAAAAGCCACGCUGGAUGACAUUGAGAGUGAUGAGGCGGCGGGGCUCGGCCGAAAAGCCAUCAUUCCUUCCAGCCUAUCAACAGAAACCCUUAGCGCCACUCAGUGUAUCAGCCAGAUGUACCGCAAAUCACUACGCCUGACCUCUAAACAGAUAGAGCACUUAAACCUGCGUGAGGGAGCCAACAAGGUGGUGUUCAGUGUGACCACACAAUACCAAGGCACCUGUCGCUGCGAGGCCACCAUCUACCUGUGGAACUGGGACGACCGAGUCAUCAUAUCGGACAUAGACGGCACCAUCACCAAGUCUGAUGCUCUGGGACACAUUCUGCCUCAGUUUGGGAAAGACUGGACACACAAAGGCAUUGCCAAACUCUACCACAAUAUACACCAAAAUGGCUAUAAGUUCCUGUAUUGUUCAGCACGGGCUAUAGGUAUGGCUGCCAUCACUAAGGACUACCUGCAAUGGGUCAAUGACAGAGGCACUGUCCUUCCUAAAGGCCCUGUACUGCUGGCUCCCAGUAGCCUCUUUUCAGCACUACACAGAGAGGUGAUAGAGAAGAAGCCGGAGGUGUUUAAAGUUGCCUGUCUGAGUGACAUUAGGGACCUGUUCAACCCGCAGAGACAGCCCUUCUACGCGGCCUUCGGCAACAGGACUAAUGAUGCUUAUGCCUAUAAGCAGGUUGGAGUGCCUGACACCAGGAUAUUUACUGUCAACCCAAAAGGAGAGCUCAUCCAGGAGAAGACUAAAGGCAACAAGUCCUCUUACAGCCACCUCAGCGAAUUGGUGGAACAUUUCUUCCCCGUGCUCUCUGCCGAGGGCAGCACGUCCUCUGCUUUUGACUGUCCUGAGUACAGCAGUUUCUCUUAUUGGAAGGAGCCUCUGCCAGAACUGGACCUGGAUGCACUUCUGUAGACACACACCCACAUCUGCCAAAACGCUCAAACGCAUACAUUGUAGGGCAGGCACAUAAGCACAUUUACUCUUCCUCUCUUCUCUCAUUUUCCAGAAUGGCAUU